AUGGAUAGCUUCACAGCUAAGUGGGAGGCCAGUCAGUCCAAGUUGGAGCAACAAUUGGCUGCAGUACGCUCUGAUUGUGUACAAGCAAAUGAUCGACUAGUUCAACUGUCCUUGGAUGUCCAACACAUUAUGAUACAAUUUGGUAGUGAAAACACUGCACAUGCUCUUAAACAAUGUCAGAUGCUUACUGAAAUCUGGUAUCAACAGUUUCCUCAAGUCAUGAAUGCAGGACCACAUGAGGACUUUAGAGAGAUGGUAGUUCGAGUACAAGGUAAUCACUGUCAAGAGGAGUUGGAGCGAUUGUUUAUGAUUGCUUGGGCAUGCUGGUAUAGAAGAAAUCAGUGGGUGUUUGAGGAAAAACAAUUGGAAUCAGCAGAGGUAAUCAACCAUGCUCUUUGCUUGCUUAUGGCUUAUAAGGCAACUAAACACACUAAUCAUAAUGGCAUUCAGAGAGUGACCAAGUGGCAAUUGUCUCCACAAGGGACGACAAAGCUUAAUGUGGAUGGAGCAAUAUUUCAUGCUGAUGGCAGUGCUGGGGUUGGUCUUAUUCUCAGAGAUUGGGAAGGAAAGGUGAUACUGGCUGUAAGUAAAAAAGAGGCAGCAGUGAUGGAGCCUUUAGAGAUCGAACUAAUAGCUAUACUCAGAGGACUACAAUUCUGCAUCCCUCUUGGAUUGCAGGCUUUAACCAUUGAGACAGAUUCUUUGAUUUUAGCUCAAGAGUUAUCAAAACCUAAGCUGGCCAAUGCUAUGUUUAGAAAUAUAGUGACAGAUAUAAAGCAGCUGCAAACUAGAAUACCAAUUUGCUCGAUUGUGCAUGUUAAUAGGGAAGCAAAUGAAUAA